AUGGCCAACCCACUCGACACCGACGCGGGCUCUGAGCUCUUCAGCACCUACGAAGCCGAGCUGAGGCUGGUCCAGGCAGACGUGAACCAGAAACUGGACCAGAUUCCCGAACUCCAGGGGGAGGAGAGGAAAGCUGCAAUCCGGGGCGCGGAAAGGGCUAUUGACGAGGCCAAAGAGUUGCUCGACCAGAUGAACCUGGAGAAAUCCAACAUCCCGACCUCGCAACGGAGUAAAGUGAACUCCCGCUUCCGCAACCACCAGUCCGACAUCGACUCCCUGCAGCGGAAACUGAAAUCGCUCGCCGACUCGGACCGCAAACAGCUCUUCGGCGACAGGUACACGGAUGACCCCGAAGCCGGUGGUGGUGGUCCCAGAGACGCGCAGCUCGAACAGCGCCAGCAGCUCCUGUCCGGCACCGAGCGACUGGGGCGCAGUUCCGACCGGUUAAGAGAGUCGCAGCGGAUAGCGCUGGAGACGGAACAGAUUGGCGCAUCGACGCUGGCGGAUCUCCAUCAACAGCGGAAUGUGAUUGAAAACACGCAUCGGAAUCUGUUGCAGAGUGAAGGUUACGUGGAUCGGAGCGUCAAGACCCUGAGAGGCAUGGCGCGCAGAAUGGCUACGAAUCGCGUGAUUACCAUCGCCAUUAUUACUGUGCUUGUGCUGCUCAUUAUCGGUGUAAUAUACAGCAAGUUCAAGUGA